AUCCCAUCCCACCCCACCCUACAAAUCGUCGUCUUCUUCUACAGCCAUCAUCGUCAUCGCCGGGCCUUUUUCCUUUUCCCUCCGUCACGAGCCCAACGUGGCUCCUGCUAUUAAUUCCUUUAUCAGAGCCCGUUCGACUUAAUGCCCCACCACCGUGAUGGACUCGAAAGGAGGAGGAGGCGGCGGUGGCGGCGGGGGGCCGAGGGGGGACGCAGGGAAGCGUGCUGCCUCGGCAGGCCAGUCGGCGCCUUGCGGGGCGUGCAAGUUCCUGCGUCGCAAGUGCGUGAGCGGGUGUCUGUUCGCGCCGCACUUCGGGACCGAGCAGGGGGCGGCGCGGUUCGCGGCAGUGCACAAGGUGUUCGGGGCAAGCAACGUGUCCAAGCUGCUGGCGCACGUGCCGGCGGGGCGCCGGGGGGAUGCGGUGCUCACCAUCUGCUACGAGGCUCAGGCCAGGCUCGCCGACCCCGUCUAUGGAUGCGUCUCCACCAUUCUUUCCCUCCAGCAGCAGGUGGCAGCGCUGCAAGCUGAGAUAUCGAUCGUGCGGUCACAGCUAAUAAAUACCCGAUUGGCGGUGGCCGGUGCCCUUCAUCAGGGAUCGCAGCAGGUACAGCACAUCGCAGUGCUGCAGCCAGCCUACUCCAGCAACUCCUGGACUUGCCAUAAUAUGGUGGAUCUGAGCAGCUUUGCCUCGGGCUUAGACCUCGGUGAUACCAAGCCAACUUCAAGAGGUUUCGAGCCGCUGCAGCGCUCACAGCCAUCGAAUGACGAGGAGGAA